UAUUCCAGAAAGCUUGGUUAACUUACCAUUUGAUAAACUAUAACCUCUGGGUUGAUUUACCCCAAACAGGCAUACCAUGAGUAUGUCGGUUCCAAAACACCUGAGAAGAGUUAGUUUAAUCAACCUCUGACUGGUUACCCAGAGUUAAUGCGCGUGCACGGUGCAUGUAUAAAGACAUUUUCAAUGGAUCGCCGAUUUCACGAGUCACCAUGGAAACUCAAAGCGAAAAAAAGAGAGCGGCGUAUUUCACAGAGGCGGAGUUGGAAGUUUUAAUGCAUGCUUAUGAGGAGUUUAAGCCAAUAAUAUUAAAAAGAAGCAAUACAGCUGCAUCGGCUAAAGCAAGAGAGUUGGCUUGGCAAAAAAUAACGGACAGAGUAAAUGCGUGAGUGUAUUAAAUUACAAAUUUGGUAUUGGCUCCCGUUUUAUUGAAAUGCAAAAUAAUGAAGUAUGACUUAUACAUCCUUUUGAAUAUGUUAAAUCACUAUGAAAGCAUUUACUUUUCCUGCCAUUUAUUUCUUUAGCUUGAAAUAAUAAUGUAUAUUUCUUAUUUAAUAAGGUGUAAUCCUUCUGGAGCCACAAGAACUUUAAGCCAAGUCAAAAUGAAACACAAAAACAUUCUGCAAAAAGCUAACAGAAAGAAGACUGAAGCCCGUCUAACUGGCGGGGGGCCACCACCACCUCCCCUCACCCCAUCUGAGGAGCUGGCUCUGUCCCUUAAUAAAGGGCGACCAGUGGUUGCUGGCAUUCCAGGGGGCAGUUCAUCACACAUACUAUGCACCACAAGUGAUGGUGAAAAAAGGGUGAAAUAUACUGAUGGACGGAUUGUAUUAUUGGACUCUCCAGAAAGAACACAGUCUGUCACAGUUGAUGAAGAUGAUGAUGACGAUGAAGAGACCACAUCUGCUGUGACAGAAGUGGACAAUGCUGGUAGAUCCACUGAGUACAUACCUAGGGAUUUGCCCACAGAUGAGGGUCCUUCAGCCUCAGCACACAAUCUAAGCAGGUUGCCAGCAAAGGAGCUGUAUAAGGUCCAUCUUCAAAAACAAAUAAGAAAAAGUGACAUGGAGAUGGACCUUAUACAGCUGCAAAUGGAAGAGAAAAGGCUCCUCAUUAAAAAAGCAGCACUUGAAAUAGAAUUACUUGAGAAUCGCCUUAAGGUGAGAACUUGUCUGAAUAUUAAUCUGUUGCAUGUUAAAAGUGGUCUGUCUGUGUCUGUCUCUAUCUAUCUAUCUAUCUGCUAUCUGUAUGUAUGUAUGUAUGUAUGUGUGUGUAAAGCAAUAUAAAAAAAAAACAUGUUAAUGAAUUUUACUUUUAUUUUUUCAGGAAAUGAAGAAAUAAACUGCCUGGCAGACCAGUGCAAAAAAAACUAAUAAAAGUAAUUUUGACAAAUCCUGUCUCUCAAAAGUCUUCCGUCUCUGUUGGCCUCUAAAAUCUGUCGGUGUUCCUCUGGGCCAUCUUCCUCAAUACAAGAAGGGUGGCUCUCUCCUCUUAUAGUGGCAAUAUUGUGAAGCACAACACAAGCCACAAUAAUGUCGCAUGCCCUCUCUGGACUAACCCGGAGCCCACGCAGACACUGAAACCGAGAUUUGAGGAUCCCUAUAGUCAUCUCCACCUUGGCCCGUGUUCGGCUGUGAGCCAGGUUAAACCGUGUCUGUGGUCCAGGCUCAGGUUCAGGGUAGGGUGUCAUUAAAUAGGGCAGACAAGGGUAUCCUCUGUCCCCCAGCAAGUAACCAUUGUACUGUCCUGUAAUGAUUGAAGUGUACAACACAAAUAUAGUAAAAACGAAAAAACAAAAAUUGUAUAAAGCAAAUCAUACCCUGCUGAAAUGUCUGGCAUAAUGAUGACUCGCGGAAAAUUCUGGCAUCAUGCACAGAUCCUGGCCAUUUUGCCUCGACAUUGGUGAUGAUUUGGGUUGCCUCACAUAUUACCUAUAGUUAGUGGAAAAAGUAAUGACUUUGAUGAUUUUAAGAAGGGGAAAAAAUUAAGUUGUUACCUGCACAUUGAUACUAUGAAUAGAUUUCCUAUUAACAUAGUCUCCCUCAUUUAUUGAUGGAGCUUUAAUAGGAAUGUGAGUGCCAUCAAUGCACCCAAUUACAUUUGGAAACCCUGAAACAGAAAGUUAUGGAAGUAUGAAGUGUGUGCAUAAUGAAUACAUGUAUAGAUAUUAAUAAUAUGACUAAAUAUUAAAUAUGCGUCAUAUAUUUUACUACAAAGGACAAACCUGCCACUCUGUGGAAUUCGUCUUUAAUAACAAGCAGAGGUUUAUGGCCAGGGAACUGUACAAACGUGGGUAACAACUGUUUAAGUGCCAGACACACUGUACGAAUGGCUCUACACACAGUUGCCUUUCCCACAUGCUCUGAAUCGCCCACACUGUACAAAAAAUGGCCAGACGCAAAAAACCUAAGUGCUAUGCACAGAAUGUUUUCUGUGCUAAGCGCAGAGCCGCGGUUUGUCACAUUUGCAAUAUGCGGUUUUAAAAGACGUGUUAAAUAAACUAAUGAAUCUUUUGAAAAACGAUAACGCUCUUUUAAAUAUUCAUUAGGGUAUGCAAACACAUCAAUACGCGGUCUUAUA